AUGAUUGAUGCGUUCUUCGGUGUGCACCAGUCGAGAGAGUACCACCCGUGGCACCGUUCUAGGCUAGGAAUGUCCGCAUCGGGCACCGCGGCCCUGGGCGACCAUAACAGGGCUCGGCUCUAUCUACCUGCUUUGCAUGCAACAGUGGAAUCGAGAAUCGACGGUACACGCAGAUCGAUCGAGGCGACCAUGCUUUGGCUGGUAGGAGUGGCACGACGCAAGGAGUCGGCAAGCUGGACCGAGCAUGCCCGGAUCGCAUGGCGUUGA